AUGUCACUGGCUGUAAGUUGACACAUCUGUGUGUACAUAAUGUAGUUUGUAAAUUAAUCUCACUCAAAUGUCACAGAAGUGUGACAUACAUUUUUCCUCAACAAUCCUCCUUGCUGUUCUCUUCCCAUCUCCUUUUGAUUCCCCUCUUUCCUUUCCUCUCCUCCCCUCUAAGUUCUCCCUCUUCUCUCCACACUGCUCUCCCAUCCGGAAGUUUCCCCACAAGACCAAGGCGUGUGUCCACUGGAUCCUGCAGUGCCUCUGUGUCAGCUGUGCCACCUUGGGCCUGGCAUCUUUCUCCUACAACAAGUACCUGAACGGCAAACCCCACUUCACCUUGUGGCACGGCCUGGUGGACCUGGGGAUGGUGUGUGUUGUUGGGGUGCAGUCUCUGGCAGCUCUGCCGCUUCUCUACCACUCUCUGGCUAAGGACUGGUCCCUGGCUAGGCUGAAGCGCUACCACGCAGCGUCUAGCCUCAUCACCUACCUGCUUGGCAGUGCCAGUCUGCUCCUGGGCACCUGCUUUGUGUGGUUUACAGGCGCUGUGGGAAGAUACACCUGGUGGCACCCUACUCUGCUGUCAGCACCCUGGUCAUCAUGA